AGUAACGGGUCCGGUGUCUUUACUAGCUCCACUUUCAGCCUUUUAGGUUAGGCUAUGUUAUUUAGGGUUUCGGGCUUUCGGCAUAUGUAAUACCUAUAUAACCCUACUCAAAUAACAUCGAUGUACAAAUAGGCCUACUUCACUUUUAAAUAUAAUUAAAGUUAUGAAAAUAUUAAAGCAGUUGGGUUUUAUUCCUCCGUAUUUAUGGAGCACUCAAUUUCGAUUGAGUCAUCAGCUAUCGUAUGUACAGUGGAGUAGAAAGUUGGAGGCAUUGAAAGGGAAUGAUGAAGAAUGCUCUGCAUGCAUACCCCAGGGUAAGUUUUUGCUCUACAGCGGCCAGCGCCCUCUGCUGGAGCCGUUCGUCGACCAUGAGGACCACACCAUGGCCGACUCGCUGUCCUCCAGGGCUCAAAUGUUAACAAAUGCUCCAAUAUAUGAACCACAACUACAACAGAUAGCAUGGCUAUCUUAUCCAGAGGUGCGCGAGGUCUGCCUUGCCAUAUUUGUAGGCAAUGUGCUUCUCCACAUGACGCCCAGCGGACAGCCUAUCUAUGCUGUGCAGGUAGGCAAACUAAGCAAGGAGGACAGAACUGCCCUGAAGAGCCUCCGCCCUGAUGCUGCCAUCCAAGACCUGCGGGUUGCCCUCUUUGUUGUGCCUCGAGCCCAGUCUGAACUCCUGAGCCGUGCCAGGUCCUUGCUGCACUUCCAUGAGCAGAACCUCUACUGUGGCGCCUGUGGCACAAAGACCAAGUGCAAUGCUGCUGGAAGCUAUCGCUAUUGCGAGACAUGCAAGGCAAGCAUUUACCCGAGCAGCAAGCCUGUAGGCAUCGUCCUGGUCACUGAUGAACGCAACUCUAAAGCUCUUCUUGUACGCCAGCCUCGACAUCCUCCUGGCAUGUUUACCUGCAUUGCUGGCUUCGCUGAUAUUGGCGAGACUCUAGAAGCGUGCGUGAAGAGAGAAGUAGCGGAGGAGGCGGGGCUGGAGGUGACAGCCGUGCGUUACCUGGGCUGCCAGCACUGGCCCUUCCCUGGCUCUCUCAUGAUGGGCUGCAUCGCUACCGCCCUCACCCAUGAGGUGAGUCUGGACACCAGCGAACUGCAAGACGGACGCUGGUGGUCUCGUGCUGAAGUAGAAGCUGCCGUGACUGCCUCUGCUGCUAAUGGCAGCCCUUGGUCCUUGACAGCCUCUGCUGCUGGUGGCAGCCCUUGGUCCUUGACAUCAUCUGCUGCUGGUGGCAGCCCUUGGUUUAGCUCUGAACCAAAAACUGCCGCCCUGCUGCUGCCUCCUCCCAUGACGAUAGCUCACUGCCUUAUCAGACACUGGCUGGAGACUACGUCUGAAUCAUCUUCGUAGCGAUCACUUCUUCAUCGUAGCGAUCACUUCUUCAUUAUAUUAUACUAUUUUUGAACUCGUAGCAAUCGCUUUCACAUUCUAAUUUUAGUUAUUUAGAACUGGCAACUGAAAGAAGCGUAAUGUUCUACAUGAAAUUCUAUAUCUCUCAACUGUGGUCUAAAAUCACGAGACUUCAUUACUCUAUCUAAUGCUAAAUAAGAUUUUUUAUUAAGUGAGGUAUUGUUUCUUAAUUUGAAAUUUGAAUUAUACGCGUAAUUAUAAAGCAUCUGGCAUCUCACUGUUGCCUCUUGUCUCCUGUGUCGCAUCUUGCACUUGAAACUCUGUACCGUCAUACCACAAGAUAUUGAUCAAUUUAUUGGCCAAAUUGAUCAUAGUUCGAUGAAUACUUUUUUGUUUAAUUCAUUUAACUGCUUGGAAAAGUGCAGCUCAACAGUUUUCUCAUUGAGAAUGUAUGUGCAACGUGGACUUGUAUUAAAUGAGGUUCGUAAGACAUUUCCUGUGUAUAUGAGGGUUAAUUUCUCUAGUACUGAAAAGUUUAUUGCAACUUUUUGCUAGUUUGAAUAUAGCUAAAAUAUAUUUGAAAAAGUAGCUUCUGU